CUGCGUCAAUCAAAGCAAUCAGGAAUUCGUUAACACACUGGAAUCGUGCUGGGACUGGGAGGGGUUGAAUGCUGGCUCAGGAGAGGAUGAGGGGUGCGGGACAUUGUUGUAGUCAAUUACAGCAAAAUGUGGCCUAUGUUCGGGACCGAAAGAUCAUCUAAUGAUCAUCUAACGUGCAGCAGGUCUGGAGCUCGUUGAGGCGAGAGGUUUCUCGGAUUAAUUGCUACUAAUGCUGCGGCUUUGCGCCCGGUCUUGAGUCCUGCGACAGGUGAGGAGCUGAACCGGGGCGGGUCUCCCUUAUGGAUCGGCAGCAUGGAUGCUUUCAGUUUCCCCUUUAACAGCAGCGGCGACCCGGACAGCAAAGACGGCGAUGAAGCCGCAGAGCCCUGGCCGGGAGCUUGUCUCCUCGGGAUUGGCCCUGAGGCGGUGGCGACCCCGUCCGGAGCCGGAUACUGGACCGCUGUGUUCGAUUACGAAGCUACCGCCGAGGAUGAGCUCAGCCUGCGGAAGGGGGAUCGGGUAGAGGUGCUGUCCAAGGACUCGCUGGUGUCCGGGGAUGAGGGGUGGUGGACAGGUGUGAUCGGGGACCGGGUCGGUAUUUUCCCUAGUAACUACGUGAGUAACGACAUCUCGGAGAAGAUUCGGGACACGCCGCAGGCCUAUUGCGAUUAUUCGUUGCCUCGGUUACACUUUCUUCAGAUAGAUUUCAGUGAGCUGGUGCUGGAGGAAAUGAUUGGGGUUGGAGGUUUUGGAAAAGUGUACCGUGCCAUUUGGAAAGGGAAGGAAGUGGCAGUGAAAGCAGCUCAACGGGACCCCGAUGAGGAUAUAUCGCAGACACUGGAGAGCGUCCGUCAGGAGGCCAAGCUCUUUGCCAUGCUAAAACACCCUAACAUCAUGGGCCUUCUGGGAGUUUGUCUGCAGGAGCCCAACCUCUGCCUAGUGAUGGAAUAUGCACGUGGUGGGCCGCUCAACCGGGCCCUGGCUGGGAAACGCAUCCCUCCAAGCAUACUGGUGGACUGGGCGGUACAGAUCGCACAUGCCAUGCUGUACCUGCACUGCCAGGCCAUUGUACCCGUCAUCCACAGAGACCUCAAGUCCAGCAACAUUCUGAUUCUGGAGCGUGUGGAGAAUGAUGAUCUGAGCAACAAGACUCUGAAGGUGACAGAUUUUGGUUUGGCUCGGGAAUGGCAUCGGACCACCAAGAUGAGCGCGGCGGGGACGUAUGCCUGGAUGGCCCCUGAGGUCAUACGCUCCUCUACCUUCUCCAAGGGCAGUGAUGUUUGGAGUUAUGGUGUUUUGCUGUGGGAGCUGCUGACAGGAGAGGUUCCAUUUCGUGGCAUUGAUGGUCUGGCAGUAGCUUAUGGUGUGGCCAUGAACAAACUGUCCCUGCCGAUCCCCUCCACAUGCCCUGAGCCAUUUGCCCGGCUGAUGGAAGACUGCUGGAAUGUGGACCCUCAUGCAAGACCCCUCUUCACCAGUGUUCUAGACCAGCUGACGGCUAUCGAGGAGUCAGGCUUCUUUGAAAUGCCGGCAGAAUCCUUCCAAUCCCUGCAGGAUGACUGGAAGCUGGAGGUUCAGGAGAUGUUCAGCCAGCUCAGAGCCAAAGAGAAGGAGUUGAGAUCCUGGGAGGAAGAACUGAGUCGUGCAGCUGUACAGCAGAAGUACCAGGAAGAGGCUUUACGGCAGCGGGAACAGGAACUGGCAGAGAGAGAAAUUCACAUUCUGGAGCGAGAGCUCAAUGUCAUCAUUCACCAGCUGUACCAAGAGAAACCACAAGUUCAAAACCGUCAUGGAAAGUUCAGGUGCAGUCGACUCAAACUGCGUGAUGGGAACCGCAUCAGCCUGCCCUCUGAUUUCCAGCAUAAGAUUACAGUCCAAGCUUCUCCUUCUUUGGACAGGAGGUGGAGUCUCUUGGGCAGUAACUCCACCCCUCCAAACAGCCCCUCUGUUCUGCCACGCCUCCGAGCAAUCCAAUUGACCCCUGGGGUUGGAGGUCAAGCCUGGGGUCGUAAUGCUGCUGCAUUCCAGUAUGACGAAGAGGAGGAGAGGAAGACUUGUAAGAAAGGCAGAACGCAAAGGGAACACAGCGCUGAUGAGAGUCUGAGGACUCCUAAAGAGGACAGUCGGCAACGUUCCUGCAGUGCUCCAAACCUGCGACGUUCCCCCAGACACAGUCCUGCUGUUCCUGGCGUGUGCAGCCUGGCAGAGAUGGAAAAUGAGGACUGCUGCUUCCACUCAGAGUCAGCUGACUCCCCUGGCCAAUCAUACCUCUGCAUCCCAUUCCACAGGGAUGGAUCCACUGUGGACAGUUACGGCAUGGAGUGUGGCAUAACUGGAAUGGAUCCUGAUGUUUCCCCCAGUUAUACACGGCGGAGCCCCAGUGGAUGCCGUAGAUCAGAACUGGUGUUGCUGAGCUGCGGGGCGGCUCUGGCUGCUGUCAGUUUAGGUCAAAAUCUAUUGGACCUGGUGCGUGUGGAAGAGAGUGUACGUCCGCGAUGGGAAGGGUUGUUUCACCGUACCGGGGGUCAAAGUCAUGGCGCCAGUCCCCCCACGCGCAAACUGUUCAAACGGGAAAGCCCCCGUCGCCCUCCCCCUCUCCCCACAUCUCUCACACUCCUGUCUCAUUCAUCUGUGUCUGAUUGUAACUCAACCCGUUCUCUCCUGCACUCUGACAGUGAAGAGCUGCUUGUGCUACAUCCACCUAUGCCCCUUGCUCCGCUCCCUAGACAGACCCCACCUCCACUGAACCCACUGGUUAUAACCCAUCUGGAGAGCUUUAAAUGCCACCCUUGGCAGUCUCUGACGCCCACACACUUGCCCUCUGUGCCUAUUGCUGCCUGCAGGCUUCAUCGUACACCUUCAGAUGGCGCGAUAAAUAUGGGGUGCCCACCGCUCCCUAACAACCACAAUCCCACCCCUACCACACCCUCCAAAACAACAGCUGCUCAAGCACGGAGAAAAUGGUGGACAGCGUACAACUGACUGAUGGGCAGAAAUAUACAAAUAUGGGACAGACCGUUAGCGUUCCUGGGUGGGGCCUGAGCAGUAUGACGUGACUCCGUGGUACUUAAGUGUGGACCACUCAGAGGUGCCCCGACUUCCUGAUCCAAAUCUUGGAUCUUCCCACCUACGCCCAUGUUAGCACUUCCUACCUGAGCGUCCCAAGACUCUGGACUUCCUGGGUAGGCCCCGUACUUGUCCACGAGCUCGCUGUGGAUCCCAGUGGGGUGAAUCUCCCACCCACACGUCCAGCACUUAAACGCAAUCGACUGUGAAGUUUGGAGGAGGUGUGGCUGUCCUGCCUACACCAAUGGAACCACCAACCCCCGGUUCCCCUUGGGACCAACUGGAUAAAGGACAAUAAAGGGAUGGGACACGGUCUCUCUCAUCAGAUCCCAGAGACUCACCUUGCAGAGUGCGAUCAGGGUUUUGCUCCUGAUUUCACCCCUCUCUCAUAAUUUAAUCCUACUUGGUAUCAGAUGUAGCACUUAGACUAUCAAGUCAAUGCAAGGGGGAAUUCUGGAUACCAUGGAGAACAAAACCCUGCUUAAACCAGACUAAGAAUGUUUCUUUACCUUCAGCAAACUUUAGAUUAAAGAUGGUCUCCAAGCCUGGUCAAGAUGGACAACUGUUCGCUCAAGUGCCCAAAACCCCUCUUAAACCAUCCAACAGACCAACUAUAUUGGACUAGAAGACCAUCUAAGACCAGCAAACGAACUUGGCCUGGUUGGAAAGGUUUUUUUUUCCCCGUUUUUUUUUCCGAUGUGUAUAUAACUAUUCUCUAUGUUAAGAAUUGAUCUUAGUGAUAUGGAUUAAUUACCCUGCAUAAACCAAAGGUGCUUGGUUUUGCAUAAUCCAGAUGCUGUUCUGGUCUAAACUAUUCAAUAUUCAAUUUAAUAUUACAGAUUUUCAACACACACGUAUACUCCUCAGUUUUUUUUUGUCUCACUUUCCAGUUUAAAUAUCUAAACAUUCUUAAAUCAAGAUACAUUAACUUGGGAAUCAAAAUUACUUAAGAUUUUAAGUCCUGUUAGAAAAGAGAAAAAGAAAAAAAGAAAAAAAGUUAAUCAGAUUUUUAAAUUUUUUUACAGAAACGAUUUAGUAAUUUUGCUUCUAAAACGUUUUUGUCUUUAUUUAAGAAUGUUUAGAUAUUUAUUCUGGGAAACAAGACAAAUAUACUGAGAAAGAAUAUGUGUUUUUUUUUUUUUUUUUUUGCAGAGUGGGGCCUAACUGUUUGAAAAACUCUUCUUGAGUAAUGUCAAUCGAAUCUCCAGCGGGAAUAAUAAGCUAUCAUAUAAAAAUACAGUCCAAAUGUUUCUUUAAUUGCCGGACUGAUUUCUGAGUGCUAUAGAAAAAAAGUACAGGGUCUGCAGCUUUUUUUAUUUGCAAAAAAAAACUUAUUUUUUUAUUCUUACUGAUAGUGUAUUAUCUCAGCUGUCCUGCUGCACUGUAUUGACUUCCUCUCUGUAUGUACUGUACACAGCUCUGCGUGUUUAUAGUAGAUUUAGCUCCCUGAACACGGCACUGAAUUAGCUGGGGAAUAUUGGACAGUUUAUUUCUGGUACUCUUUGCAGUUUUCAGGUUUUAUUUGUCAUACAUGAUUCAGAUUGUACACCUUUAGAAAUGCUUCUUCCAGUCUCAUGAAUGUAUAGUUCUGUCAUACUUGUCAUAUUUAGACCAUUCGAGAUCACACAUUUUUUUGUGGUUUUCACUGUAGCAUGAAACACAUAGUCUUUACAAAUAAUAUGCUUGUUUAGUGACCUCUUCACCAUCCAAACCACCAGAAUUAAACAUGGGGAAACAUCUUUAAGAGAAAGGUUUUUAUUGGCAAAGAAUUUAUUGGCUCUAAAUUUGCAGCUAUACAAUAAUCAGGUACAUUAUUGCAGUCUUUCGGAGUUGUGCAUUGGCAGUAUGUGUGGUGUGAUGAGUAUGUGUGUGUGUGUGUGUGCUGUUAUGCAUGCAAUUCAAUGUAACUGGUGGUUUUCAAGGUGUACGUACAUUGAAUUUUGUUGGACAUUUUUGAGAAUUCAUAUUGAAGUAGUUUUACAUUUUUAGUAGGUUUUUUUUGCUAUAUUUGUUAAUGUAAGUUUACACAUAUUUAUUUAUUUAAAUUAUUAUUAUUUUUGACAAAUUGCUAAGAAACUUUUCUGUCUGAAUUUCUGGACAUGUUCAGACAUGCAAGGUGAACAUUCUUUUGCUCAUAUUCACAGCAGUGUUAUCCUCCGUCUCUCAAUCCAGUCUUUCAACUCUACACUGGCAAAAAUGUCCUCUAAAAGACAAAACAAAAAUUUUUAGCCAAAACACAGUAGUGCUUGUUUCUGUCUACCCAUUUCUUUCACCUGAAACCAGAUUUAGAACCUAAUUUUUCAUGCACAUAACAAAAUGAACUAGCAGUAGAAUGCAGAGUACUGGCAAGGAAAUUUGGCUGACGAACUUUCACUUCAUUCCAUCUGGAUGUGGAACAGGGUGUAUUUUUCUGGCUUAAAGGAAUGUGUAGCCAUCAUCAGUAGCAUCUGCUAUCAUUUAUCAGCACAAUCACUGUUGUCCUGAAGAGCAGGUAUUUUGGGUUCAGACGCUGCUGUUAUGAAACUUGUACUUGCACCUGAGCACAUUAGACUUGUGUAAGAGCUGAAUUAAAGCCCUGAAAUGCUGA